CUUGACACUGCAUUUGAUAUAUAGCUGAGUUGAUUUAAGAAGAAAUGCUGAUGGGUUUAGUUGCCUAGUGUUGAUUGGUUUCUUGACGCUCCAUAUACUCUAGGGCUGAGUUGAUUUUGAUAAAAUUUUGAUGGGUUUAGUUGCCUAGUGUGAAUUGAUUGCUUGAUACAGCAAAUUUUUAAAGAAGAAUAAAGUAUCUCUAGCAAUUUUACUGGUAAAGUCAUUGUUUUUAGUAUAGUUUUGGUGGUGGGUUGCCUUCAUUUGACGAGUUACGCUUCUGAGUUCAUGUCAUAUUCUCAUUUGGCUUGAGAAAAGUAGAUGACGCCGCUACUAAUACAGAGUGAAGUGGUCUAUUUUCAUGUCGUUUUUCAGUAUGGAUAAGUUAAACGACAUGCCGUUGAUUGUUUAUACUGACUAAACAAUAUCUAACUAAUAUCUUGUUACAUGGCGCAACACAAACGCUGUCUUCAAUGAACAAAAAUAACCAAAAAAUGAAAGCAAAAUUCUGCACCAUUUACGCUAGUGGACACCGAAUUUCUCUAUAUGAAGUAUGAACAUAUUCAUUGCCAACAUAAACCGAUGCAAUAGACUUAAAAAUUAAUUAAUUUAGUAUUAAAAAAAAGAGAUUUAGAGGAAAACAAUAUUAUAUAAAAUAAAGCAAUUAACUUUACAAAUGGUUUUGGCCUUGUAAUUAGACAUUAUUUCUUUUUCUUAAGAGCAAUCUUGUUGCAAUGUUUAAUUAGGGGUUGAAAUGGUAUAAUUAUAUAAUUUGGAGGCCAUUAGUAAAAUUAACCCAUAGUUUUUUGAGCGCUAAUGGAUAUGUCGUUUGUAAUCACGAUAAUGGGGAUUUCUCAACUACUUGAAGUCGUUUUUUUCUUGAACGACAAACAGAAUUUCUUAUUAGCACCCAAAACGACAAAGAAAAUGUCCCUUUCAGUAUUACGACAUCAGCAAACGAAGAAACAAACCUGUCGUUUCGUUGAGCAUCAAGGGUUAAUUGGAAAGUAUAUGAUAGACGUUGAAACAAAUUUACAAUUUCCCGCGAUAAUUUUCUAGAGAGGGAAUGGCAAGUGAAAGCGAAGUGGCAGAUAAUGCAGAGGGGGAAGAUCCGAAGCUGCGAAUGGCGUUAGCCAUUUCUCUUCUCCGAUCCAAGUUCUUUGUCCCAAACCCGCCGCCUAAUCCUUCCGCAUCCGAUUCUGACGUUCUCCGAUGGAAGCGAAAGGCAAAGGAGCGAAAGCAAGAGCUUUUGAGACUCAGAGAAGAUCUGAAACUAGCCGAAGAUGUUUCGCAAUGCGAUUUGUUUCCGCAAAGUGCCGCUUGCAAGUGCUAUUUCUUUGAUCAAUUGGGGAAAAUGAGCCCUAAAUCAGUCACAGAUGGCUCCGAUCGUCGAUUCAACGACGUGUUGCGUCGGAGGUUUCUUCGGCAAGUAAGAUUCAAGGAACGAAGAAGAAGAAGAACAGGCGGUGGUUCUCUUCAGAGGUUGCUUUUAUCAGAGCUUGACAAUGAAAAUGAACUGGAGCAGCUUAAAGCUGCAAUUGAUUUUCUUGUGGAACUCUGUGAAACUGUUUCUCCGGUGGAGGAUGUAAAUUUUGCGAAUUGGUCGCACCAAGCUGUGGACUUCAUUUUAGCUACAUUGAAAAAUUUGUUAACAACGGCAAAGAACAUGGAAUGUGUAGAAGGAUAUAUCAGCAGCUUAGUUACACGAUUGGUCAAAAGGAUGUGUUCCCCAGAAAAUGAGUCAAGCAAUAGCAGCAUGGAUUCCCAGUUUUAUGUUCAACACUUGAUCCGCAAGCUUGGAAGUGAGUCCUACAUUGGACAACGAGCAAUGCUUUCAGUUUCUCAAACACUCUCUGUACUUGCAGAGAGUAUACUUUUCGCAGAUCCAUUUGAUGCCGCUUUUCACCAUUGGCAUGAAUGCAUGUUCAUAAUGAUUCAGCUUAUUGAGUUUUUGAUAUCAGAUUACCUUUCAAUGUGGUCGAAAGAUGAAGGCUUUGACAAGAUGCUCUUUGAAGAGUGGGUGGUGUCCAUUUGUAAUGCACGGAAAGCGUUAGAACUAUUGGAAAACAGGAAUGGGUUAUACGUGUUGUAUAUUGACCGAGUCACAGGAGAAUUGUCUAAAAAGGUUAGCCAGGUUUCAUUACUCCAGAAACUUAAGCCAGAGAUUCUUGUUAAGUUGCUAUGCUGAGUGCUGUAAUAAAAGAUGUUUUUUUUGCCAUUUAGAAAUAAUAAAAAUAAGAAAAAGAAAAAAAUAAUAAAAAAAAAGAAAUCUGAUUCAAUUAUCGUAAA